AUGUUAACUAAUUCAAGAUCUAAGCCUACAAUUAAGCCAGUGUUCAAAUUAAAGUAAUUUUUGAAUACUAUUGUUGUGCCUUACUCUUCUAAAGAUCCUACAAAUAGAUUAAAGAAUUCAAUUGAAAGUUCAAGAUUUGCAUCAUAUCAUAAUAUCAGUAAUUCUGUACGUAAAAAUAUGAUCAUAAGUCAACAAUUUUUGUUACCUAGUAUCACUAAUAGGAAAUCACUAAUUAUUGAACCGAAUUAAUCAUCUACUCUAGCAGUUGAUCAUGCAUAGUUAGAGUAAAACAUUAUAAAUAAUAAUAAACACAAAAAAAAAAACUUUAGAUAAUUUAAGAAUCUUAGUAUUGCAUAAAAUUCAAACGAUAAUUUGAAUUCAACAAAUGAAGAAUUAUUAUUACUUUAAUCUAAUAAAAAUAGCCCUACAAAAUACAAAACAUCUAAUAAGUAGGAAUAGUAAAAGUCAAGAAAAUAAAAAUUAAUUGAGUUUUUGAAAGGUGAAAAUUAAGGCAUAUAAUUUACAUAAUUAUUACAAAAAAAAUAAUCAAAAUAGUAAACUUUAUUUCCUUCUUUCACAAUUAAAAAAUAUCAAGAACUCUAAUUUUGA